UCGUCUGCUAGCUGCAGUCGUCGCAACGGGUCUACCAGCGCGGUUCCACAAGAACCUUUCCACUCGCCCGGACAAAUAAUUCCCACAAAAAUUGUCCAUUUCUGGAGCAGAAUUCGGAAUUUUUUCUCCAAGGGGCGAGUGAUUUUUGCCUGGAACCAGCACUGAGCAGACGGCGAGCUUUUUCCUUACUUUGGAGAGGUUUAGACGGGUACAUGUAGAUCGAGUCAGGAAUUCGUCGGGUCGUCGUUCGGGGGUAUUUUUGUGUGCAGAAACGGCAAAUGAGGGCAUGAAAUUGGAAGCUUUUGCUGAACUUUGCCGCAUUUUUAGCGGCCAGAACUCUGCACCUAGGAUCCCUUCACCAAUGAUGUGGAGAUGGGGAGUAGUUGUAAUUUUUCUGGCUGUUCUUGGAUCAAGUACAGCACAGCAGAAUGACUGUCGAAGAACAUGUGCAUAUUGCAGUUGUAAAGGACGACAGGGAAAGAGGGGAGACCCUGGCCCUGUUGGACCAGAGGGAAACAGGGGAACCCUAGGCAUCCAAGGCUACCGGGGUGUACAAGGGCCCAAGGGUGAUAGAGGUGAUCCUGGAGCUGUGGGACCUAGAGGUCAGAAGGGUGACCAGGGAAUGAUGGGUGUUCCGGGAUUUCCGGGGUUAGAUGGGUAUACAGGCUUGCCUGGCCCUAAAGGCCCGUAUGGUAACCCAGGUGUCCCAGGAUGCAAUGGUUCAGUGGGAGAGUCUGGUGUUCCAGGAAGGGGAGGUUACGGACCAGUAGGUCGACCGGGUUUCAACGGCCCCAAAGGAAGCAAGGGUGAACCAGCGCCUUAUUCCCCAGCCAUUACAGGUGCACGAGGUGAACCUGGUUCUGAUGGAAAUGAUGGCCGACGUGGCCCAAGUGGAAACCCAGGGCGUCAAGGCCAGCCAGGAGUCCGAGGCCCCAAAGGAUUUCAGGGUCCGGAAGGUUACGCAGGAGGUCGGGGUGACCCUGGAGCAAACUCACCAGGCUACAAAGGAGCUAACGGAGAACCUGGUCCUCCAGGUCCCAAGGGCAAAGGGGCCAUUCCACCCGGCGGAUUGAAGCCUGGCAUCAAAGGAACCCCUGGAGCUCCUGGAGAGAAAGGUGACCGAGGACCAAAGGGUCAGUUUGGUAUACCCGGAGAUCGAGGUGACCCUGGAGAUACUGGGCGAAAGGGUGAAAAAGGGUUCCUUGGCAUGAAAGGAGAGAAGGGAGUUCUUGGCAUAGCUGGACCACGGGGGCCUAUUGGCUAUGAAGGUCUUCCUGGUACCCCAGGAUUCCGUGGAGAACGAGGGUAUGGCGGAAGUAGGGGCCAAGAUGGAGUACCAGGAUACAAGGGUAUACCAGGAGAUGCAGGAGAAGAAGGACCUCAGGGACCAAAGGGAGACCCAGCAAGACCAGAUGAGAUUGGGCCCGGACCAAGGGGACUGCCCGGACCCCCUGGGAACCCAGGCCCGCCAGGUUGGCCUGGGGUCCGGGGUGCCGUUGGUGAUCCUGGCGAGGAAGGUUUGUCAGGGCGACUGGGUGACAUCGGUGCCCCAGGACCAGAGGGACCGCGGGGGCUCAGCCGCGACGGCCAAACAGGGGAGCGAGGAGUGGAAGGCAUCCCAGGGAAACAAGGCGGUCAAGGCCGGCCUGGAGAGACUGGAUCAAAGGGUCAACCAGGAGACAAGGGUGCUCCAGGAUUUCCCAGAGCUGGCGAGCCAGGCAUGGAUGGAUCACCAGGCAGGGUUGGACAGUCGGGAGCCAAGGGUGUCCAGGGAGCUCGAGGCCCACCCGGUCCACCGGGCACCACACCAUCUGGAGAGGAAAUUGUGGGACCAGAUGGCGAACGAGGAUCCAGAGGACCCAAGGGUGUGCAGGGGGCUACAGGCCCUCAAGGUCCACCUGGCACCAAAGGAUUCCCAGGUCGGCCGGCAGCACCAUGCCCACUCUGUCCCCAGGGUGACAAAGGCGUACCCGGUGAGAUUGGAUUCCCUGGCGUCGAGGGACGAUUUGGCCCAGAUGGAGCAAGGGGUCCCCCUGGUCAACCUGGUGCCAAUGGUGAGCAGGGUUUCCCAGGAAGGCAGGGACAACCAGGCUUCCAGGGAUUAAGGGGACUAAAGGGAGAUAAGGGAGAAAUUGGUGAGCAAGGAACGCCAGGCCGUACUAUUCCCCUCAGAGGUUUUAGGGGAGAACCAGGAGAGAUAGGAGAGAAGGGUCAAGUGGGUUUCCCUGGAGAACAAGGCAGUGCGGCCCCCUUCAAUUUGAACCUGUUCAGGAACCUAACGCAGGAGGGUGAAUCCGGAGAGAAGGGACGCAAAGGUGCAAGUGGUACCCCUGGUGCCCCAGGCCCAGCUGGUGAAGAUGGUCCCGAUGGAGAGAGUCGUAAUGGGCCCAGGGGUCCCAAAGGUGCCAGAGGUGAACCAGGCAGCUUUGGAAUUCCAGGCUUCAAAGGAGAUAAGGGAGAACGAGCGGAGGACGUGGACGUGGAACAACCAAUACCAGGGCCUCGGGGUGACCCAGGGCCUCGGGGUGCCAAGGGACUUAAAGGUUUCCCCGGUGCCUCUGGACAGACUGGUUUCCCGGGGAACUUUGGAGAAGAAGGUUUCAAAGGAACCAAAGGUGCUCCAGGAUUCCCCGGUGUUCCGUCAUUCCCUGGUCCCAAAGGCUUCCCGGGACCGCGCGGUGACAAGGGCUUCAUAGGGUUGCAAGGUGAGAUUGGACGGCCAGGCCGGCAAGGCCCACCUGGUGAGCCAGGCUUCCCUGGAAGGAGGGGCAUGGGUGGAGAUCAAGGGGAGGAUGGACAGUCAGGCUCCACGGGUCCUGUAGGCUUCCCCGGCGAAGAAGGACUCCUAGGGAACAAGGGAGUGAAUGGAUUCAACGGCGUUCCAGGCCAGCCUGGGUUUCCAGGCUUCCGAGGGCUUGUAGGUGAUCAAGGUGAUGCAGGCCCUAGCGGCCCUCAAGGAGAGAAAGGACUGAGGGGACCCAAUGGCUUUGGUUUCCCCGGUAGACAAGGUCCUCCUGGCAGAGAUGGCAAUCCUGGAUCCAAAGGUCUGCAAGGUGUUCAGGGCCCCCCUGGUGAGAGAGGGGUCUUUGGUGGUAUUGGAGCCAAUGGUGACAGGGGUGAGGAGGGGAUACCCGGUGAGAGAGGAAAUCGGGGUCAACCUGGUGAGAAGGGCUUCCCCGGUCGCUUUGGCAGGCCUGGUGUGUUCGGUGCUCGCGGUGAGCUGGGGAGUCCAGGUGUGGACGGUCCAUCCGGGAAUCAGGGCUCUAAGGGGAACCCUGGAUUCCCAGGCUUUGGAGGCCGACCUGGUGAGCCUGGCUUACGGGGUCUGCCUGGGCAAGAUGGUGCACCCGGGGAACCAGGUGAGGGAGGUGACCCUGGACGUCCAGGCUUCUUUGGUCUCUUUGGUGACCCUGGAGAUGUCGGAGAUAUUGGAGAACCAGGGGAGGACGGCGCUGAUGGACUGAUUGGACCCCUCGGUCAAGACGGCCGACCAGGACCUCCAGGAUUCACGGGUCCAGUAGGUGACAGAGGUGCAUCAGGACAGAAGGGCGCGACAGGUGCUCAGGGUGGACCAGGUGAACCGGGCGAGCCAGGCAACGUUGGCCUGGAUGGCCAACAGGGGGAGACAGGUGCACAAGGUCUGACGGGAUUCCCUGGCAUCAGGGGAAUUGAGGGAGAGCAGGGCUUGAUUGGAACACCAGGCCCUAAAGGUCAACGAGGACCAUCUGGAAACAAAGGUGGCACUGGUGUCCCAGGUCCCCAGGGCCCAUUUGGUGUGACUGGUCCCCCUGGCGAUGCUGGCAACCAGGGUCCAAGGGGUAGCAAAGGAGAAUCCUUCAAUCCUAAUGACAUUAAGGAACCGAGUUCCGGUGAGAAGGGUGCCAAGGGAGAAAAGGGAGACCAAGGACCCCGUGGACUGAAUGGGCAGAGGGGAGAUGUCGGAGACCCAGGAUCUGAUGGAGAACAAGGCAAUCCAGGCUACGAUGGCUACGAUGGCUUCAAUGGAAACACAGGUGCAAGAGGUGAACCAGGUCUCCCAGGACUUUUUGGUAUCGAUGGCCCUCCAGGAAUGACUGGAGAUGAUGGCAAUCCUGGAGUUAAAGGGCGGCAGGGUAUACCAGGUCCAGAAGGUCCCAAGGGGGCAGAGGGCUUCCGUGGGUUCUCUGGGUUCCCUGGCUCAUCAGGCAACCCGGGACGCCCAGGCCAAAAAGGUGGACAGGGCAUUAAAGGCUUCCCUGGUUUACCAGGAAACCCUGGUGUCCCUGCAUUUGUUGCCCCACAAGGAGAACCAGGCAGCAUUGGACCCCAAGGCCCAGAUGGUGCCAGAGGUGACCUUGGUCGACCGGGUCAGACAGGUUUCCCUGGCUUCAGCGGUGUCAAGGGACAGAAGGGAGAUCGUGGACCAAUUGGACCAAUUACCCCACCCGUCGUGAGCCCCCGUGGCCCCAAAGGUGAACCAGGAGUACCAGGACGGCCAGGACUGAAGGGCAGAAUCGGGGAUAUUGGCUUCCCUGGUGACUUUGGAGAUCAAGGUCCGCAAGGAGAGAAGGGCUACCCAGGCUACCCAGGAAGGCGUGGCAGGCCAGGUCUGCCUGGUUCCAAUGGCCCCAAAGGUAUGCCCGGUGAACGGCCUGAAACCGAGAAGGGGGUCAAGGGUAGCAGAGGUGACCCCGGACCCCUUGGUAUCCCCGGACGACCGGGCUCCCCGGGAUUCCCAGGAGUGGGUGGAUUUGCCGGUCCAUCAGGAAUGAAAGGGGAUAAUGGAGACCGUGGCAUUCCUGGCGAGAUAGGCUCAAAGGGACAGUCUGGUCCCCAGGGCCUGCGUGGGGACUUUGGUGGACCGGGACCUCAAGGUUCAAAAGGGGAGAAGGGUGUUGCUGGUGACAAGGGUCAGCCAACCUUACCACCACGACCCCUGGGCUUCAUUGUGGUGAAGCACAGCCAAUCCAGGACCAUCCCACGCUGUGAUGCGGGCAUGACGCAGCUGUGGACUGGCUACAGUCUACUGUAUACGGAAGGCAACGAGAAGGCCCAACAUCAGGACCUGGGCCUGGCUGGGUCCUGUCUGCCCAGAUUCAGUACCAUGCCCUAUGUCUUCUGCAACUUCAAUGACAUCUGCAACUACGCCCAGCGCAAUGACAAGUCCUAUUGGCUGGCUACAACCGAGGCUAUUCCCAUGAUGCCUGUGGAGGGCAAUGCAAUCAGGCCGUUCAUCAGCCGCUGUGUGGUCUGUGAGACGCCCACACAGGUCAUUGCCGUGCACAGCCAGGACACGACGCUGCCCGACUGCCCUCGCAACUGGCGCUCGCUGUGGAUUGGAUUCAGCUUUGCUAUGUACACAUCUGCUGGCGCUGAUGGAGGUGGUUCUGCCCUGGCCAGUCCAGGAUCCUGCCUUGAAGACUUCCGGGCCACGCCCUUCAUUGAAUGCAACGGGCGGGGCCGCUGCUUCUUCUACCGCAACACUUACAGCUUCUGGCUGACCACGGUGGACACCAACAACAUGUUCAGACCGCAGGAGUCGCAGACGCUCAAGGCGGGCUCGCUGCGCUCUCGCGUCAGUCGCUGCCAAGUAUGCCAAAAGAUCCUCUAGAUUGAUUUUUUUAAUAUGUCUUCCAUGGGAAAUUUUUUAGCCUUUCCCCAUUUGAAGCAGUAAUAAAUUUCUUGAACAGCAAUUUCAAUCGUCAAUUUUCUAUUCUUUGUCAGAAUUCAUAAGUGCAUUGUCAAAGAGGGCUUCCAUACUGGCGUUGUUUGAAGUUUCUAGUAUAGUUAAAGUCGUAAAAUAAAGCAAUUUCAAUUGUAUAUUCUCAAACUUUUUGGCAUGAUCAGUUUUUUAUCAGGUAAGAAAAUUGCAUAAUGAAAGUUUGUAAGACAGUGUAAAAUCUAAAACCCUCUUUUUGAUACAAAUUAAGUAUCAAUCUGGAUGAUUCGUGUGGCAAACAUUUAGCUGGUUGCCAAUUUGCCGUUGCAAGUGGCAUAUUCCUUAAAGUGUAACAUACUUGUUGAAAUCUGUGGUCAAGGAGGGUAAGUUAUUAAUAAACAGAGAGACUCUGUAUGGGUUACUCUAAAACUUCCCAGCAUUAGGUCUAAAACAUGGAAGUUUUAUCCAACUUUUUAAACCCUUAAAUAAAUGACUUUCAUUCAUCAUGGUGCUAGCUGAUUUGUUUUAGAUGUAAAUGCAUGUUUUAUAAGAUAUAUAUUUGUGUUUUUUCCUCUCUCAUAAUGAUAAUUGCAGUUCUCCACAAUAAAUUCAUGUGUAAUCCCGGUGUAUUUUUAAUCUAGUGUGGCUGUGGUUCUUUUAAAUCUUGUUUCAUCGAUUAGUUUUACAAAUCUAGACUUGUAUUAAUACAGUCAUGUUCACACAUUAGAUAAAACAGAAUAUGCUGCAGUUCUUUUGAGAUUACUUACAAUACUCUCUUGGUACAUUCAGGAGUUAUUAGGAAGAAAUCCGCUAUUGUGCCAAUUAUUUCCAUUUGUGGAUUUUUCCACAUUUGGGAGUCUUGUGAUGGGUGUUGUGUUGUUUCUCAUUUGUAAAUUAAGGGCUGAGAAACGGUGGCCUAAAGUCUGCUGUAAGUUGGUGACACGUAAGGAGAGCAGUAACAUGAAAAAUGUGAAUCGUAAAAUACAGUGCCUCCAUGUUGAAAAGUCGUCCUCCCAACAUUAAAACCUCUAACCUUCCAAGACAUAAGGAAGUGACAUAUCUUCCUUCCAAGUAUUGAAGGAAGCUGCCUUUGUUGUCAGAAUGGUGUGGGAAAGACGACAAAAUGCCAACAAAAACCAUUAACCUUGGACUGCUGAACAUGCACAUUGUAAUGGCUCACCAAGUGUGUACUUCAAAUUUUCAAAGUGUCGUAUAAUGCAUUGUCCAUCCUUAGCAUCUGGGGUGAAUUCAGUCCCGAUAUUUAUAAAUCUGUUAAUCUGGUUUUGUGUAUUUACGUUGUAUUUUUAUUUGUAGAUGACAUAAUUGGUAACACGUUAUUUGGCAAACUAUUUAAAUGAUAAGAUUUGCAGUAGCAAUAGUUCAGUUAUUAAAAUGCUCUGAGUAAAAAUUAUUGAAAGAGAAAAAAAAAAGACAACUGCCAAGUUGACAUUCACACAGCACAUCUAUCAUUUGAAUUUUGAAAGAAAAUAUUUUUGAUAACAUGGGAAUGCUUGAAUGUUGCUUAAAAAAACAAUCUCGGCUUGAAAAUGAUUACGUUAUGGUCUUCACUGGUAGAACUCAUUAGUGGGUAAUGCCAUGCGUGCCCUUUCUGUAUGGAUAAUAAAUACACUGACAUAUUUCAUAGGUUAAAGAGCAUUAAAUCUAAUGGGGUAAAGUUGAUUUCACA